AUGUCUACACACGCUUCUCCACUCUCCUCACCGCGACCAGGAUCCGCGUCUUUAUCACCAACACAGUCAACCCAAGAUGACAGCCAAACACCACACUCAUUGUCACUCAAAGUAAUGCGCCUGUCGAGACCCCUCUUGGCAACCAAUGCAUCCGUCUAUUACGAGUCGUCAUCUUAUAAACCGCUAGUCGAGGGACUGGAAUCGCUCAACAUUUCAGACCUCACUGCAUCCCACCCGGUGGAUACCCAGCAAGAUCAGCUCGAGAUUAGGGACUUUGGCCUUAGUCAAAUGCUCAAGUUGCCUUCGUCGUUUGGCAAUAUUUACUUGGGGGAGACCUUCAGUACACUUGUCAGUAUCAAUAACGAGGCCCAGCAACUUGUUCAUCAAGUCGGCGUCAAGAUUGAGUUGCAGACCUCUUCCCAGCGCUUUAGUUUAUCGGAUACCACCACCACACCACGACAUUCCUUAGACGCACAAGCUACCCAUUCGGUCAAUGUAUCCCAUGAAAUCAAAGAAUUGGGUGUGCACAUCUUGGUUUGCUCCGUUCAUUAUGUCACUGAAGGUCGUCGUCGUCAUUUUCGUAAAUUCUACAAGUUCCAAGUAUCCAAUCCAUUGGCUGUCAAGACCAAAGUCAACAACAUGAUCGAUGGCCGUGUAUUCCUUGAAGCUCAACUACAAAAUGUCUCAGUGGGUCCGAUGUAUCUCGAACGCAUGAAAUUUGAUCCAUCAGAGCAUUUCACUUUUACCGAUCUCAACACAAUCGUCAACGAGAAGGAGGAGGAUGAGGAGGAUGGCAACCAGAAAAAGAAGAGUGUAUUUGGGGACCCUUUCAUUCAACCACAAGACGUACGCCAAUACCUGUAUAUGCUUAGCCCACGUGAUCCCAACAAUGAUCGUAUGGCACGCACAACCAAUGCUCUCGGUAAACUUGAUAUUGUAUGGCGUUCAGCUAUGGGAGAUUUGGGGCGAUUGCAGACAUCACAACUCACUCGAAAAGCACCCUUAUUGGAUGAUGUGGAAGUACAACCAUUUUGGCUGGAGAAGGAUGAACCUGCUCAGGUGCAAUUGGAAAUCCCAUUUCAGCUGGGUAUUCGUGUACGCAAUCAUUCAACACAAAACAUGCGAUUGGUAUUAUCAGCCGUGAAGACCAAGAUGGGUUCAGUAUUAUUGAGCGGAUUGAGUACCCGAUACUUGGGUGAAGUGGGCCCAAAUCAGACGACUGAGACACGGCUCGAAUUCUUUCCUCUUACACCAGGAUUACAACGCGUGGGUGGUUUACGAGUGGAGGACCAAUUGACAGGUUACACAAAGGAAAUCGAUCAUCUAUGUGAUAUGUUUGUACAAAAAUGA